AUGCGCUUCCUUAAUGCUGCCCUUUGCGCCACUGCGAUUUAUACUGUACCGACGUUGGGAUCAGUUAUCCGGACCCCUAGCCAAUAUACAGGAACCAAGAUUAUUCGUAUUCCUACUGGUGGCCAAGUACAGACCGACCAACUUCUGAACAUGAUCGAUACGCUUGGAAUUCCAACGUGGACGGAUGUUCAUAUUCCUUAUUCUCAUAUGGACGUUCAGGUCUCAAAAGAUUGUCUUAGUGAAUUCCGCAAUGCAUUGAGGAAAAUUAACCCAGAACUCAAUUCCCAACUCACCGUUAUACAUGAAGACCUUGCAGUCAGCCUCGCGAAAGAGGCCGAGGGCAUGAACACCCUGUAUCGCAGGGGACCGGAGGGACUGGCGAAUGAUGAAUGGUUCAACAGUUAUCAUGUAUAUACGGACCACCUUCAAUUCCUACAAGACCUUGCUUCUACCUUUCCGAAUAAUGCCAAGGUUGUCACUAGCGACAAUUCAUAUGAAGGUCGUCCAAUCACAGGUAUCAACAUCUUUGGUAGUUCUGGUUCUGGUGCCAAGCCAGCUGUGAUAUUUCAUGGAACGGUUCACGCCCGUGAAUGGAUUUCCACUAUGGUCACCGAACAAAUUGCAUACAGCCUGCUUUCCAAUUACACCACCUCACCUACGAUCAAGAGUUACGUUGAUAAAUACGACUUUUAUAUUUUUCCGGUCGUCAAUCCAGAUGGCUUUGUUUACACUCAAACAGACCCGGAUAAUCGUUUUUGGCGGAAGAAUAGGCAACCGCCACCAUCCAACUCGAGCUGCUAUGGGCGGGAUAUUAACAGGAAUUGGGCGUGGCAAUGGGGAACCGGUGGCUCGUCGCCCGACCCUUGCGAAGAAGAUUACCAUGGAAUCUCGGCCGGUGACUCUCCCGAAUUCAAAGGACUUUCUGUCUUUCUCGACGCAAGAGCCAACUCCGAUGCCGGCGCUAUACUCUACAUGGAUUUUCAUGCGAAGGGUCUACUAUUCAUGAGCCCAUACGGCUAUUCGAACACUGAGAUUGCUCCAGAUAGAGCUGAGCAUAGAAAGAUGGAGCAAGGUUUUGCAGCGGCGUUCAAAGCUCCAUACAACAACACCUUGACAAUUGGCCCCAUCUAUCAGACGAUCUACCAGGCUUCCGGAACUAGCGUUGACUAUGCUUAUGGUCACUCCAAGAUCAAGUAUUCGUUUGCUAUCGAGUUGAGAGGCGCGAUGUCCCUAAGUGGAUUUGUACUCCCGCCGGACGAGAUUAGACCAUCGGGCAUUGAAGUUUAUGAGGGUGUAAAGUAUCUAUUGGAAAAUAUGGUGGCAGAGGAAGCAAAUUCUUCUAAUUCUGGAAUGAAGCUAUUUAUAUCUUGGGUUCACGUAGCUUUUCUCUUAAUUCUUCCAGCUUGGAUGUGCUAG